AUGGCUGACUCUGGCAGAUCAAAGUUCCCACGGCUGGACGAGCCUACGAGCGACUUGGGGCGCUUGUAUGAGCGGGCAUUGAGUGAAGCAAGUGUGCAGCUUGCGGGUCAGGCUACCUUGAAGUUACCCUGGGAGAAGGGCAUUUAUGCCGAGAUUUUCAGUGGUAGCGAGCUGCCUAGGAUGCCUACUUUACCUGUGCCUGCUACACUUCCAGUCGUAGAUGUUGCAAGACCUGGGACCCAGCACAGCGAAGCCUUGAAGCAGACAUCAGAUCCUCUGCCAAAAUUCGAGAGUGCAGUCUACAAGCACUGUCUGCAUAAAUCAACUAUUGCUGCUGGCGGGAGACCCGGGACAGAUCGAGAUGCCGUCUACAGGCGCUGGCUUUGUAUCUUGGGCCACAAUCUUGCUGGCUCUAAGAUUGGAGAGUACAUUGCUGAUGGUGCCGAAGACCCUCUUGUUUUGAUUGCGGACACCUUUGGAGGGAAAAGUACGAGCACCUUGCUUAAGAGAGCCAGGUUUGUCGCCCGGAUGCUUACGUGGGCGUCUGAGCAUAGUCAGACGUUCUUUCCGCUGCGGCUUGGACCAUUGCUUUCAUUCAUGCGCAGUUUGACAUCAGAGAGUGCCAAGGCCCAGUGUGGAGAGACAAUCAAUUUCCUUGUGCAUGUCCUUGGUGUGCAUGCCGAUCUGGAUAUUUUGAAGCAUCCUGUAAUCCAAGGGCUUCUACGGGGGUCUCGGUCAACAGGGAAAGAGAUCAAGCAGUCCAGGGUACUCACUGUCCGGGAAGUUAUGGCGCUCGAAGAUAUGCUCAGUGAUGCAUCCCUUGAUCCUGUUGAUCGAUAUGGUGCAGGAGUUUUUCUCUUCCAGAUUUACAGCCGGGCACGAGUGUCCGACAUCAGGAACAUCCAGCGCUUUGAGCUCGACCUGAGUGGAGAUGACGGAUACCUUGAGGCGAAAACGAUGGACCACAAGAAUGCGACCAGAGGACGUGGGCUGGGGCAGAGCUUGAUUCUCGUUGCUCCGGUUCAGGGCCUGCGGGAUAAGGCUUGGGGUAUCCAGUUCAUCGAGGUUGCAAAGAUGGUUGGGUUUAACCUUCGACAGGGGCAUCGUGGACCUUUAUUACCUAGACUUACUGCCGAGGGUCAAUGGUCAGGGGAGGCGAUCGGGUCUGAUGAGACUACAUCGUGGCUCAACGGUCUGUUGAAUCGCGCUAUGAGUGAGCAGAUUGCGUCAGGGCUAACAUCCCAUGGAUUAAAGGCAACAACCCUCUCCUGGAUGACGAAGGCCGGGUAUCCCGAAAAGUCUUGCCUCAUUUUGGGGCAUCACGCGAGAGCGGGGAAGAAAACUCUUUACACAUACGGCAGAGACGUGCAAGCCAAACCAUUACGCGAGCUACAAGAUUGCAUUCGUCUCAUCAAGCGUAAUGUGUUUGCUCCGGACUCGACUCGAAGUGGCAUGUUCAAAUCAGGCGAGAGCAGUCAUGAAUCAAAGGCUGAGGUUACAGACCCUCUCAUUCUCGCUGCUGAACAGUUCCGGUUUGGCGAUCCUGAUGAAAUCAUUGACACUGGAGGCGAUGUCGCAGAAGGAAAGCCAGCUGACAAUUGUGAUGCUGAGCCUGAGCAGGAUGCUGAGGAUUCCGACUCGAGUACCUCUAGUUCUUCAGGUUCCUCUGAUGACCAUGCCGAAGCUUAUGAGAGUUUCGCCAGUGAUGCUGCCCUUGAUUGUGCUGUGCCUCACUUGAACAAAGAGGUGGACUUGGAUGUUUUCCAGAACCCCAAAACUCUUUCCCUCCAUACCCGGGCGAAGGGUUCCGAUGGCCCACUUAUGUGUGGCCGCAAAGCUGAGGGAAUGAAGAUUUUUACAAGUAGGGUAUACAGCAAGUUUUGGAUGUGUAAGCAGUGUGAGCAGGCUCGACCGCUCAGGGACACGAAAGCUGUCGUCGCAUACCUGAGCAAAGACCUAGUGGUCUUCAUUGAGGAUGGCGAGGGCUAUGGGCCAGCACAGCGCUUUGCGCGUGCACUCGCAGUUUUGGAGAACAUGUGA